AUGAGUGCAGAAAAAGAUUUCUAAUAUGACAUUCACGAUGUUCAAAAUAUCAAGACUGCCUUCUUGGAUUUAUAAUAGGAGGAGAGCACUGGAUUUAAAUUUGGAUUGGGAACAGCAGUUUUAUCAUACUUUGUGUUAAGAAGAUUUACAUACUUAAGAACAGGACCAAGAUUCGUUGGAUCAAUGAUAUUUGGUUCAUAAGUCUAUGGAUUUUACACACACAGAUCAAGAGCCUAUUAUGAUUAUGUUGCUUAAUAGGUAAAUUUACAUGCUUCAGAAGCAAUCAAUCAAUGUUUAGGACAUUGACCUAUAUAAUAAUAAUAAUAAUAAAACACAUAACAAAAUAUAUUAUAUG